AUGGGAGGAAGUUGCAGCCAUCAAGGGAUCAUGUGGACAUGGUGUGCGCUGGGUCGGUGGAUGAAUCAGGCAGCAGUUCAGGGUCACAGUAGAGAAAAGGUGUUCAUGGUGGUUGGUUUGGGUAACCAUGGCAUGUCGGGUACCAGACACAGUGUUGGGAUGGCAGCUGUCAAUCUGCUGGCACGAAGACUGAAUGUCGCAGAUCAGUGGAAAACAGACAGGAGGACUGGAGCCGAUCUCAUCACCACCAAACAAGAUGGAAUGCAGAUAGUUUUACUAAAACCCCGUCAAUUCAUGAAUGUUAAUGGAACAAGUGUAGCUAAUGCUGCUGGAAAAUUCCAUCUCACCCCUCAAAAUAUCUAUCUGCUGCAUGACGAGCUAGACAAGCCUCUUGGGAAGGUGUCUCUUAAACUUGGUGGGAGUGCUAGAGGCCACAAAGGUGUUCGUUCCUGCAUUGACUAUCUGCAGUCAGAUGUGAUGACCAGGCUCUUGAUCGGGAUAGGACGUCCAGAUGACAAGUCCUCAGUAACACCACAUGUGCUUGGACAUUUUACAAAAGCAGAGCAGGAGAUGCUACCUCAAGCUCUGGAGCAGGGUAUAGCCUUGUUGUUGUCACAUAUCAAGAACAGAACAGGAACGGACUCUACAACACAUGCUACAUCACUGAAAACCAUAUGA